AUGACAACCCGACUACCUUCUACUUCCUCUACAUUCACGACAGGAGUACUUAACCCACAAAUGUAUGGGUACAACAACCAUAACACAACAACUCCAAGCCCCCAGUCUGUAUCACAGGGAUAUGUGACCGACACUUCAUAUUACACAACGUCUGCGUCUCCUCUUUCUAGUACGCCUUCGAACUCAUCGUAUCACAGCUCGACAGUUCCAUCACCAACAGGUACCAUUGCUUCCAAUGGUAUGGGCUCUAUUCAAAAUGUGAUGGACUUUUAUAUUCAAAACGUCAACUUUUCACUUCACACCAAAGCAUCUCCUGAAUGCGAAAUCCAACUUUAUCGAUUGACCAAUCCUAUGGAUGCACAAAUAACAAUACUCAACACCUAUCCACAAACACAUCCACCUGCCUACCUAUCUACUGUUGUUUAUGCAUUACAAAUAACUUUGGAAAAGUACAUUUCGCAAACAUGUCAGUGGGUGCAAUGUUCUUCAAAUGAUCCAAAUUCGACCACUCCAUCAGCUUCGAACAAUCUCUUCAAGGAUUACGACGCCUUUGUAAUUUACAAUCAAACAAACCAACAAUCAAUAUCUCAAUUAAUUCAAACUGAUGGAAAAUCAUUAUACAUACAACUUCCUUUACAAUUAGGAUUUUAUGGAAAUCAAUUCACUACAAUGACUUUUCGUACCAAGCUCAAUACAAGUAAGGAAAAGCAGGGCUAUAAAAGAGGUGAAAGUGCUAUUUUCAGAGUCGUUUUUUCACUUCUAAAACAACAACAGCAAACUCAUACAUUUUUUCAAAACAAAUACGAAAGCAUUCCAUUUGGUAUUAUUAAUCAUGGUAAAAACAGCACUGCAACGGCUUUGUAUAAGAAUAUUAAGCUCAGCUCAAUUCCUGGUACUGUUGAGUAUAACAUGGCACUCAUGCAACAGCAACAACAAUAUUAUCAAACUCCACACCAACAUUCACAAAGUCCCUAUUCAACUCCAAACUGUUCUUCCUCUUCGAAUGGCAGCUCUUAUGUGACUCCUAAUAACAAUAAUUACGAUAGUACCAUGGAUUUUGGCCAAGAAUAUGACAAUCAACAAGUUCAAGAAUUGUUAGAAAUUUUAAUGCAAGAAGAACAAGCUCUUGCUGCCAAUCAAUUGAAUCAAACUUCAAACGAAGACUAUCCUGAUCCAAAUAUAUUCAUGACUGAUGACGAUGAUUUAUUCCGAGAAAUCACUGGGAUCAGCUCUUACUUUACACCAUCAUCCAGUGGUGGAGAAGGAGAUACGAGCCAAGAAUUAUUUGAUGAAGAAUCUGAAUCUGAGGGUGCCUAUGAAGAUGAAGAAGAAAUUCAAUGGGAGGAUCAUCAUCAACUGGCCUAUGAAAAUACCUUCGAAUUGACCAAGCCUUCACCUACAUCAGACCAAAAAGAUGACCUUUGUCAAUUCCAAUCCAUGUCUGUUCCAUCUCAACAAUCACAGUUUGCUUCUGGAGCAAGCAGUAAUGUUCUUUUGAAGAACUCUGGAUUGUCCAAACCAUUACCUCCUCUUCCUUCUAAUGCUUCGAAAUCUUCGUCAAGCAGCUCUUCUUAUGGUGUUCCACCACCCUCAUCCAUUAGCAGCAGCAGUACCAUUCUUCCUCCUCCUCCAUCGAUGAACUCUGGUGUUUCAUUGUCUGUAUCCUCAUACAAUAACUUAACACUUCCUCCUUCAGCUAUGACGAACUCUGCUAGCAAUUCUGUUCUCAGUGGGGCCACAACCACUACAACCACAACAACCCUCAAUCGACGCUCUUCCAACUCUCAACAACAAGCAUUUAGUGGGUUUACUAUGCGUACGAAUGAGAACGUUGUGCCAACCAAAUCUCUUGACUCUUCAAGAAAUAUUGUUCCACUUCAAGAUACUUGGAGCUCUCCUGUUGAAAGCCGUGAAUCCAAAGCAUCUUCCAUUUCUGAUUUGGAUGGCUUUGGAGGCCAACCUAGAAUGACAUUUGGAGCAGAUUAUGUGAGAAAUGUUCAAGCAGAGCAAACUCAAGAGAAAGAAAAGAAGAGAGGUCUUUCUGGAAUGUUCAAAAAAAAGAAAAAGAAGGAAGAAAGUGAAGAACCUGCUGAGAGAUCGAAACAGGAAAAAUCCAAGAACCCACUUGCAAAACCAGUACAUGCCUCCUUUUUCUCCAAUUUCAAACCCACGAUAACCCUUAAAAUCAACAACAACACAGUUGAUGCAAACAACAGGCAAGUAACAAAGGCAGCCCAAGUGCAGCAAAAACUUGGUGAUGAGAAGAGCACCACAAGUGAAGAAAGCUUGAUCAAUGCCAUGUCCAAUCUCAGUAUUGACAAAUCCAAUGUAAAUACCAAAACUCUCGCCAUUGGCACUCAGACAGACAUCUCUAGAUUUGAUCCAAAGAAGGUUGUUUUCAGUUUGGACAAGAAAGAUGUUCCACCAAAGAAGGAUACUACAUCCUCAAAUGUUGGAAAAGGUAAAAAACCUAUCCCUGUAUUUAAGCCUGGUGAUAUCAUUCAAUUUAACGUGCAAAAUAACAACGAGAAAGAGUUGGUGGCACGAACAAGCAUUCUAGUAGGUACUACUUUGCCAAGAAGGCCCAUCGUUUUCUUCUCUGGAAACUCUCUUGGCUUUACUAGAAUGAAGGAAAACAACUCCAUUUCCAGUCAAGUCCUUCAGAUACCUGCUCUCCCGCCUGGCAAGAAGAGCUUGUUGGUUGCAUUAAUAUUGUUUGUAAAAAUUUCUGAUAGUCAAGGAAAGGAAAGAAUCUUUACCAACAAGAAAAAGGUUCUAAUUUCUGCGCAGUAA